ACCACCACCAUGACUGACAAGCCUCCGCCGCCGACACCAUACUCUGAGCGACCGGAAUGGUCCGAUGUUACGCCCCUUGCUCAGUACGAGAAGGCCAAUCCACUAGCGCCAAUUCUGUAUACGGAAGAGUAUAAAGACGCCACUGGGUACUUGCGGGCUGUGGUUCAAUCGGGAGAGAAGAGCGAACGCGUGUUGCAGCUGACUGAGCAUGUCAUUCGGCUCAAUCCUGCGCAUUAUUCUGCAUGGCAAUAUCGAUACGAAACGGUUGUUGCGCUGGACUGGCCGCUCGAUGUAGAGAUGACGCUGAUGGACGAGUUGGCGGACAAGUUUCUCAAGACUUACCAAGUGUGGCAUCAUCGGCGGCUGCUCAUCAUGUGCAUCGGGCUGUCUGCGGCUGGGCGUGAGCUGGGGUAUAUCAAGCAGAUACUCGCCCAGGACGAGAAGAACUACCACACGUGGUCGCACCGGCAGUGGCUGCUCGCGUUUUUCAAUGAUGAGGGAUUAUGGGCGGGGGAGCUUGAUUUCAUCGACACGAUGGUGAAUCGGGAUCUGAGGAAUAACUCGGCGUGGCACCACCGCUUUUUUGUCGUGUUCCAGUCGGGGGUGAGGGAGGGUGAGGAGGAUCGUGAGCGGAUAGUCCGCAGGGAGCUUGUAUACGUCAAGCAGCAUAUAUCGCUUGCCCCCAACAAUGCCUCCGCGUGGAACUACCUCCGCGGUCUCCUCGACUUCAACAAGCUGCCUCUGGCCACCAUCACACCCUUUGUCAAACUUUACACCGCCCCGCUGCCUGCCGCCGCGAAAGACAUCGUGGAUGUGGACAACCCGCCCCCGGGCCAAGGUGCCGAGCUCCCGUGUGUGGCAGCAGUCGAAUUUUUGGCGGAUAUACGCGAAGAAGAGCGGAAUGUGGACGAGGCGGAGACGCUUUGGCGCUCCCUGGCGGAUGAACUCGACACGAUACGCAAAAAGUACUGGGAGUAUCGGAUUGCACAGGCAAGAAGUGUAUGA